UUGGUGCUCCUUCCUCGUGAUCAUAAAUAUCCGCAGAACCAACGACCUUCGAGUCCAAAUUCAACUUCUUCCCUUCCUUUCAACGCUGAAAUGGGCACCCACCACUACCUUCAUGACCACCCCGAUCAAAACCAGCGCCCAUCUGUCCCUUCCAUUUCAAUCACAGCUCCAAAUCACCAACUCCAUUCUUCUACGACAACAAGUGCUCUCAUCGCCAAUACUAAUUCUGAUCAUAUUACACAGAACAACCCAACACCCUUCUCUUCUAAUUCUUUAACCAACACCGUACCACCAUCGCCGGCUCCGCCGCCCAGUUAUGAUCUUGAAGCCCAUGUACGUUACCUUCUUUCAUCAUCGCCUCGUCCCACCACAUUUCCUUCUUCUUCCUACAAUUCCCAAAAUUACUUUAUUCCUCGUCCUCAUUCUUUUAGUACCCGGACUAGUGGGUGGGUCCCACUUCGUUAUGCUUCUGCUGUUGCACCGGUGCUAGUGCCUCCUCCUUCACAGGGGCCGCCGCCGCCGCUGCCGCCUUAUGUUGAUCAUAACCAUGCCAAGAAGAUCAAGAAUGAUGUGAAUGUGCAUAAGGAUAGUGUAAGGCUCGUGGUUGAUGAGAAGAAUUUGGAUUCUCAUUUGGUUUCCUUCGCUUUUGAUGCUCUCGUUGAUGGCAGCAUCACCAUAUCUUACUUUGCCAAGGAAGAAGUGAACUGUAGAUUUGUGCCUUUGUACCCUGAAAUCUAUGUGCCAUGGAGAACUCCCUUCAAGAGAGGACUGGGCCAAAAAUUCUGUCAGCCAUCAGGAACUGGAAUUGACUUGGGCUUCCUUGAGUUGGAUCAGCUAUCAAAGCCCACACCAGAGGAAGAUAUGUUCCCCCUUGUUAUCUGUGCAGAAGCGUGCCUGCCUUCUCUCUUUGCAGCUGCAGAGCCUCCUGAUCAGCCUAUGCCAACCUUGUCUCCUCGUGCACAUAUUACUCAAGCUGUCUUAGACAAGAAUAAGGAGGGCCAUUUUCAAGUGAAAGUAGUGAAGCAAAUAUUGUGGAUUGAUGGGGCUCGCUAUGAGCUGCGUGAGAUUUAUGAUAGGGAAACAGGGAAAGAAUGUGUCAUUUGCUUGACUAAGCCAAAGGAUACAGUUAUUUUGCCUUGUCGACAUAUGUGUUUGUGCAGUGUGUGUGCAAAAGUGUUGAGACUUCAUUCUAAUAAAUGCCCAAUUUGCCGCCAACCCUUCCAGGAACUCAUGGAGAUCAAGAUUAAUUGAGAUCAUCCUCCUACACCAGAGGGGCAGAUUCCUUUCCUCACCAAGAAUUCACAGCACUACUGGAUGCAGAUUGUUCAAAAAAUUAUUUGAAGCCCAGAUUCUUAUUUGUUUGGUUGACAUAAACAGAAGGUUGAUAUAGUUUUUUCUUGGUAUGUUUACAAAUCUGAUUAGAAAAAUUUUCAUUAUAGAAAAGAGCCUUUUCUAUGGAGAUUGUACAAAAUUUUACAAGAAAAGAAAUGAAAUUUUAAAGAAAACA